AUGGGAAGUUCUGUGGACCAUAGUUCGGGUGACGACACUGACGUUUCUGACUCUGAAACUGAGGAGUAUGUGGAGAAGGCACAUGAGGAGUUGAGAAAUGGAAAGCACCAGGUUAAGAUAUCCGAUCAGGCUUACACGUGCCCCUACUGCACUAAGAAAAAGAAGCGUGACUUCCAGUAUAAAGAACUCUUGCAUCACGCGAGCUCGAUUGGCAAUUGUAGUUCGCAGAAAAGAAAUGCAAGAGACAAGGCAAAUCAUAUUGCCCUGGCGAAGUACUUGGAAAACGAGAUGACGGCUAACUCUGGUCCUUCAAAGCCUUCUGAUGAAGUAGAUGCCCUUGCAGAAUAUGACAGUGAUGAGAUGAUUGUCUGGCCAUGUAUUGGUAUCGUGGUAAAUAUUCCUACUUACUUUCAGGAUGGUCGAUAUGUAGGGGAGAGUGGUAGUAAAUUGAGGGAACUGUUGGCCAGCAGAGGAUUUAAUCCGAUGAGAGUGCGCCCCUUGUGGAAUUAUCAAGGCCAUUCAGGAACUGCUAUUGUUGAAUUUCAGAAGGGUUGGGAAGGACUUCCUAAUGCUAUGUCAUUUGAGACAUUCUACGAGGCUAAGCAUCAUGGAAGGAGGAACUGGCUGGCAAAGAACGAAAAGAAGUCAGACCUUUAUGCAUGGGUUGCUCGUGCAGAAGACUAUAAUUCUAAUAACAUUGUUGGAGAAAAUCUUCGAAAGAUUGGUGAUCUGAGAACCAUGUCUGAUCUCAAGGAAGAGGAAGCUCGAAAGACUAACAAGCUAAUCGGUAAUUUGACAAAUGUUAUUGAGAAAAAGAAGAUGCACUUGCUAGAGAUGGAGAGUAAAUUUAAGGAGACUGAAAGCUCUCUAAGCCAGUUGAUCAAAGAAAAGGAUGAUCUUCACCAAUCCUACAAUGAAGAGAUAAAAAAGAUUGCAAAUAGUGCCCAAGAUCAUUACAAGAAGAUUUUCAAUGAGCAUGAGAAGCUGAAAUCUCAACUGGAAACUCGUAUGAGAGAUCUUGAACGUUUUGGUGAAGAACUGAACAAACGUGAGACGCACAAUGAAAAUGAGAGAAAAAAGCUUGCUGAAGACCUCGAACAGAAUGCUGUAAAAAAUUGCUCCCUUCAAGCUGCGGCUGAGGAACAACGAAAGGCUGAUGAGAAAGUGAUGAGGUUGGCUGAAGAACAGAAGAGAGAAAAAGAGAGACUCCAUGAGAAAAUUAUUCGACUGGAGAAACAACUGGAUGCAAAACAAGCUGUGCAGCUUGAAAUUGAACAAUUGAGAGGUAAACUCAAUGUUGCAAAGCACAUGGGAGAUGAAGGCGACUUAGAAGUUUUAAACAAAGUGGAAACGCUGCUCAAGGCAAUGAGAGAGAAGGAAGGAGAACUUCAAGAACUGGACUCAUUAAACCAAACUUUAAUUGUGCAGGAGCGCAAGAUAAAUGAGGAAUUACAGGAUGCUCGCAAAGAAAUGGUUAAUGCAUUGAAAGAGCUGGCAAUAAAUUCUCACAUUAGUGUCAAGAGAAUGGGAGAGCUUGACGACAAGCCAUUUCAUAGAGCAAUGAAAAGGAGGUAUAGUGAGGCUGAAGCAGAUGAGAGAGCAACAGAAUUAUGCUCACUGUGGGAGGAAUACCUUAGAGAUCCUGAAUGGCAUCCCAUAAAGGUGGUUAACAUCAACAACAAAUAUCAGAGCGUGAUUGAUGAAAGCGACGAAAGACUGAAAGACUUGAAAGAGAAUUAUGGGGAUGAACCUAGGAUGAAAACAAAUCUUGGUUGCGCCUGCUAA